UAUACACCAACUUCAUUAACUACGCCUCCUUGUUCAUUUACUCUUUGUUCAUUUCAUCUGGUCCACUUAUCAUAUCAGAGCACUUUGCAUUUCUACAAUUACUGACUGUGGUCCAUCUGUUUCACUGCAUACUUUAUUAGCCCUCUUUCACCCUGUUCUCCAAAGGUCAGAACCCCCACAGUGGUGGUCCUAACUCACAAUAAAGUGGUCGUUCAGUAUGUAUGUGUACUGAAUGUUGCCUCACAAAGCCCCAACUUCUCUUAGCCAAUAAGAUUUUGAGCCAGAGUUUUUCGUUUUCUAAUAAUUUAUUUUAUUGCUAAAUUACAGCACAUAAACAUUUUUGGUAGAUACAGUACUGUCCUGUUUUGAAAUUUACUGUUUAUUUUAGUGCUGCAUUACAGGCUAUACACAUUUUCUGAAUUUCUUGCAGAUAGAGAAGUGCCCAGCUCUGCUCAAGAGACAGAUGUCACUUUUUGGGGGUCUGCAGAGCUGUGUGUGUGGGUUCCACUCUGCUAAGCCCACCAGUGAACCAACAUCAAUUGCUACCCCUGUUGCUGUACCAGGCACAUCGAGUAAAGCUGGUGUUUCUUCCACCCCCUCUACUCCCAGCUGCCCAGCACCAUUGCGACAGACAUUAAACAUUGGAAUGUUUACAGCACUCCGUUUUGGCGGAAAACAUGCUGCUGCUGCAAAGCCAACCCUUAAUUUGGCAAGGAGGCCUCCUGCUCAGCAUCACUCCACCAUCACUACCACAGAAAGCCCACCUGGUUUCACCAGCCCCGUCACUGCCAGGACCACCUCUGCCACACCCCAGCCAUUGUCCAGUCCUGCAAAGACAUACGUCCAAACCACAUCCCCUUUUUCCAUGCUUCCCUCUUCAGCUUCCCCUGUGAAGAUGAAGAGUUCUUCCUUCUUGAUGCCACAUCCACCAGUUUUUCUUCAGUGUUCAAAUUAGGAUGUGAUAUAUGUUUCAUUCUCUUAUUAUACAAGAGUUAGUUCCGGCCACACAAGCUGAUCGGUUGAGAAGCGUUCUAACUGUGCUGAUAUUUUGCCAUUACAGCACAGAUUUUUCACAAACACUGUAUCACUCCGCCGAGACACCGUUAAGCAACGAC